UUUUAUUUAUCACAUGAGUUCAGUGAAAGCAAAGGACAAGUAAUCGACGUUCAGUUUAAAAUCAAAGGAAACUUUGACGGGUUAGAAAGUUGUUUGUUCGAUAAAUAUAUAGUAUAAUCUAACAAAGAUGUCAAGUGAACUAGCCACCCGGAGUGCUCUGGUGCACGUGCCUGAUCCGUGUGCUUGGUGUGAAAACAUACAGGACGUUAACUGGUACUGUAAUGACUGUCAAGAGGCUUUAUGUGACGGCUGUAAAGAGAGUCACCAACGCGCGAGAAAGACACGAAAUGAUGCCGUUGUACCAAUUACAAGGGCGAUCAAACAAAAUCAGACAUUUCUCCCGGAGGUAUGUAAGACACACCACGGUAAAUCAUGUGACCUGUAUUGUUGUGAUUGUGAAAUAAUGAUGUGCGCAACUUGUUUUACCGAGAAACAUAGCCAACACGUUUUCAAAAACAUUGAACUGGAAAUUGACGUACAAAAACAGUUCCUUCGAGAGCUAUUGAUAACGUUGGACUCCAAUUUAGACCAUUUUAAUGACAAUAUAUCAAAGCGUCAUGAGGUGAGCAAAUCGUUCGAAGAGAACGUGGAAGUCAUCCGACAAUCAGUACAAACGCAAAGAUUUAAACUGAAAGAAGAAAUUAAUUUCAUAGCGGACUCGGUUUUGGUCGAGUUAUCGUCCUUGGUUGAAGAAGAAGAAAUAUCCCACACUCGAGAUUGUCAAUCUCACGAAAAAAACGUCAAAGAGAUCAAACAACUGAUGGAAGAUGUGGAACAAGCCACAGAAACGAAAUCUAGUGCAUCCUUAUUUGAAAUGACUAGAAGAAUGAAAACCACCAAACCGCUGUAUGAUGUAAAUAAAAAGAGCGUGGUACCUCGCCAACAUCACUUCGUCCCUGGUGAACGUAACAAAGAUCAAUUGAAGACAGUGUUUGGGCGUUUACAAGUAUUGAAGAAUGAAGACGUGCAGUAUGAAAAGAAGGAAGUUGACUGUCAACAGGUUCAAAUGAUUUCUACAUUCCAAAUGCCUCAGCGGACACAAAUCAACUCAAUAUGUCCUACUGACGAUAAUCAAGUAUGGAUGUCGGUAUAUGAAUCUAAUGAAUUGGUCAAAGUCAACAAAGAAGGCAACGUCACAGAGUCUGUCAAGCUUGACUUUAACCCGUGGCGUCUAACCGUGUCCAAUGAGAAAGUACUUCUGGUCACAGAGUAUAAGAAUUCUUCGCUGAUACACAUUAUAUCUGAGGACAGACGAGUGACUGAUUUUGCUGACAUCAGUCCGUUAAACGCCUCAGGUAUCAGUAUCAGUGACACUGACGAGGUGUUCGUCACUACUCUCACCCCAACAAUGCUGGUACUGAACAUGUCUGGGGAUAGGAUCAGACAAAUAUCCUGUGGAGGAGAUGGGCUUAGUAUAGUUAAUUUGACAACAGGAUAUAUAGCUGUCACCACUGGCUCUGAUUAUUUGAAUUGUAACGAAAUGAUUGUCAUCAACAAAUAUGACCAGAUCAUGCACAAGUGGAGUGGGGAACUGGACAAUGGUCAGAAGAUAACAGAGACGUUGCAGAGCGAUAUAGCAUGUGAUGAAUAUGACAGAAUAUUUGUACCAGACUAUAACACUAACCAGGUAUACGUCAUAUCGGGGAAUGAAAGAAAGGCCAAGUGUCUCCUUGACAAGAAACAUGCAGUAACAGAUCCGUUGGCUGUGUGUGUCGACAUGUGCGGACAUGUUUGGAUCGGCUGUAGUGGUGGUACUGUACAUGUAAUGCAAAUAUGAACAAAUGCGACAAUAUUUGAAUGAAUGAACACCGACUUUGUAUGGUUUACUGAGACAAUCUGUCUCUGUUUUCACCUUACAUAUAUCGUCAGUGGGAAAUCCUAUAACGAGUUUUAACAGGCCAUGUGUUGUGUUUCUUUGUAGUAUCAAGAAAACACUAUAUACGUUUGUCAAAAUAGAUCACUGUACAGCUGCAGUUGACAACGUGGAUAUAUUAACGACCACCAUUCAUACUAAAAGAUGACAGGUAAAUACAAAGAUUGUCAAACCGAACGAAGUUUAGUCAAAAUCUCCCGACCGAGUUACCGAUUAAUCGGUCAGUUUUGCAAUAAUACAAUAAACAACACCAAAUAAAUGGUAUGAUUUUCUAUUCAAAACUUAUUUACAAUUGAUUAUAUGUAUAAGCACGAUAGUUUACUCAAGUAUUUCAAGCUUUCAGCAAAAACAUACGGGAAAUACAGUCAGUUUAAUGGGCCACUCCAUUCAGAAUAAAGCGGAUGCAAUAUAAGCUAUUUCUACUCAAACUCAUAUGCAGUUACAUUGUUCAUGACCUUACUUGAUAAACAAACCUAUUCAUUGAUGAUCGCACCCUUUUUAAUGUUUCACUGAAAUCAGUCAAGUGUGUACUCAAGGGUGAAAUUAUAUUGUACGUCCCGCUCUUCCUCGUCAAGUGGGUAUUUCACAACUUUUCAUACUUGCAUAUUUUUAAGAUUUGUUGAGGCUUGUUUUUAUGGUGUGGCCGGCCUCUCUUUGUAAAUCUAUGCUUGUAUAUUUAAAUGGGUUUUUGUUGCUGGCAAUGUUGGUAAAUUACGAUCAUAAAAUAGUUAAACUUGUUUCUAUUAUAUUAUUUGUUAUCUUGUCUUCAUCAUUUAUAAUCUUUUCCGGUUUGUUUUCGCUAUGAAAAUGCAUCAUUGGCUUUAAUAGUGGUAUUUUCUGUGUUUUUUGUUUUGUGCAUACAUGUAACACAAUAACAAUGUCUUGAAAAUAGAGUAAAUAUGAAAACGAAGACAGCAAAUUAUUACAUCUUGUAGUACCAUUAUUUUAUUUUGAAUCACGAAUUGUAUAAUUAGUUAUAAGCUUUAAUGUGGUGACGUAAACAGUGAGGUGGUGCUUCCAUAACGUAGUUUAAGUGAAUAUUGAGUUUGCCUGCGAGUAAUAAAGAUGGCAAUGUACAGGUGUUAUGUGUGUGUGCUACGAAUAUUUGAAAGGAAUAUCUUCUUUUUUAUUGAUUGUUACCUGUUGGUGAUUUAAUAAGAGGUUAUAUGGAUCUAAGAGCUUGAUAUCGGAAAUCCGAUAUCGUUAUACGUACAUUCUUUUUGUCUGCAUAUUUUUUCAGAAUAAAUAUUUUUGCUCACCCCGAACAUUGAUUAAGUACCCUAAUGAUGCACCUGAUGCGUGUCUGGUGGAUAAUAGAAUGGCCGCACCAUUACUUAUAUUAUCGUGUUAAGUCUGCACUAAACCCAACAGCACACACAGGGUAUACUCUGCUAUGUUUUUUGUCGAUAAAUUAUCAAAAACUUAAGUUGUCGAAAAAGAACAUUUAUUUCUAAAUCCCAGAAAUCGAACAUAUGUAUACAUCUUCGUGUUAUUUUUAUAAUAAGGUGUUCAAAGAACCAAAAAUGAUGGGGCUUGCUUCAAAGUAAACGUCACCCAUCUGAAGUUAUUGUAAUUAAAAGAUGUACAACAAAUGAAACAAAAUAUAAAAUGAAGAUGUGCAACAAUAUUGAGACAUUGGUAGUUAUAAUUUCAUAAUGAUGACGAUGAUGAUGAUGAGGGUUGAUGAUUGUUAUUGUGUGAGAGAUAGUAAUGCAAUGAUGAUAAUGAUGAUACUGAUAAUUGUGUAUUAUGUGAAGCAUAUUGAGGCAAUGAUGAUGAUGAUGAUGUUUAUAGUGUAAGACAUGCAUUGAUGCAUUUGUAAUUAUAUUUUCAUGAAGAUGAUUAUGAGGGUAGAUGAUUGUUUAUGUGUGAGAGGUAUUAAUGCAAUGAAGAUUAUAAUGAUGAUGAUGAUAAUGAGGAUGAUGAUGUUUAUUAUGCGAGAUAGGUACUGAUGCAUUGGUAACUAUAUUUUCAUAAUGAUGAUGAGGAUGAAGAUUGUUUAUGGGUGAGGUGUAUUGUAGUUAUGAUGAUGAUGAUGCAUGUACACAUCCAUAUACAUUUUUUUGUGUGUGAAAGAGAAUGUGUGUGAAGACCUUUAUGUAGUGAAAAAUAAAACAAUU